AUGCCCCUUCGAGUGGAAAAACAAGCAGAGGAUAACAACAACAGCUCGUCGUCGACCAAAACAGCACGCUGGAUGCAGCGGACCAUAGAAUCUACGGUCUUCUCGAACCCUGCACAGUGCAGUGCUACACUGAUACUCGGCGAUGCGGAAGGUUGCGCGCCAUGGCUGUCAUUCCGCAAAAUAUCGCGUAGCGAACAGCUCGAACAGCUCGCUACAAUUUCUGUCGCUAUGCCCGUUGCCUCUGUUGCCCCGCUGCCGCGCGAAAUGCAGUGCGCAUACCGUAGCAAGUUCUGCGACGCGCCGCGUGCCACCAAGCUGGACGGCACGCUUCACAAACUGUGCGACUUCCACCGCCGCAAGGCCAACGCCAACCAGCAGCGUCUACACAAGCGCAAGAAGCGCAUUCUUGAGCAGCAAGCCGCUGAUGGAGACUUCGUCAUCCCACAGACGCCCAAGACCGGGAUCCGCGCGAUGAAACGUGCGCGCUUGAGCCCCGACAGCCCACAAAGCGCGACCGCGCCCGUCGAUGGACACACAUUCCAGAGCAACUUCGACUUGCUCGAAGUCCGGAUUCUCGAAGUUCUGCUCUUUGGCACCGACGGCGCAUGCACGCAACAACCCGCGCAGGUGACAAUCAAGGACGAGAACAUGCUCGGCCCCGUAUCCCCCACAACGCCCACUAUGAUGACGCCAGUACCUGUGUUCGACGAAGCCUGGUCCGUGACGCUCUAACGAACAUUGAAAAAAAAUCAACUUGAAUGGAGAACGAUGAACCAGCGCCAAGUACAGUACUGCGUGCAAUGAAAAACUAUACUUAAUACAAAUUCAAUUCGUACGCGAAGAUUAACGGUAUACUCGAAA